CAUAGAAGGCCCCAUUCUCAUUUCACUCUCUCCACUCACCGUGGAGCCGCAUUGUAAUGAUUUUUGUGACCAGCAAAGCUUUCUGGGAAGCCUCCUUGCUUUCUUACAGUGUCGUGCAACUAGAAGCCCCAUGAGAUUCUGAAUCCAUUUGUGAAUCAGCCUAGGACACAUCUGUAUCUGCAUAGAUGUUAAUAUGAAAUCAGAUGGCGACGGUCUAAUCAUGGAAGAGUCAUCUGUUCAGGAGGAAACCACCAAACCCUUGUGCAUCAAUGUCACUAAUGCUGAGACUUUGCACGUUCUGCUUGAACCACUAAAUGCCACCAAACAAAUGGCUGGUUUGGUACAGGGUAUAGGCAGCACAGAAAGCCAUAAAAUGGACAUACCUUUGACGGAGUCGGGCAAUAUACAGAGCCAAAAUAAAACCUGCACUCAGGAUCCAGAUAUAAAACUGGAUGUAAGGCCAGAUCACAAUCAAUUAGGUUGGCAAGGGCUGGAAAUAAGACAUAAUUCUGGUAACUUGGACCUACAUGAACCUCAUAUAAAUGAAAUUAGAGAAAGUAAAACCACACAAGAGGUAAUUGAACAAAGCCCAGGUAAUACUGGCACCCAGGAGCUGGCUAUAAAUGAAACACCAAAAGACAUUGAAAACCACUUGAGUUCACAAGAAGAACUAAAACAGAACCCAGGCAACAUGGGCACCUUGGAACUGGCUAUAAUACAAACACUUCAUAACAUGAGUCAUGCCAUGGGCUCUCCAGAACAAACUGUAAAGCAGAGUUCAGCAAGUAUGGAAAUAACUGUGAAUCUGCCAGAUGACACUGAUACAAACAAGAAAGCCAUGAGCCAAUGUCCACUUUACACCCACAACAAAGAUGUGACACCAAGCCAAGAUAAGUGCUCCAAAACAAUCAGCCAAAAUGCAAAUAAAAUGGACUCUCAAGAGCAGAGUAUAAGAGUAGAUAAUAUGGCCUCACAAGUGCUGAGCACGGAACCUGCACAUGAAACGGACUCCAAGAGUGGCAACCACAACAAUGUUGAUGUUCAGGAUCCAAACAAAAGACAGACUUUUUCAGCUCAGAGCUCCGAUAACAUGGAUGUCCAGGAACCUGGCACAAUUCAGAGUUCAGAUCACGUCUAUAUCCAAGAUUUGACUUCAAGACACAGCUCAAAUACCACCCGGGAAAUGCACAGAGACAUCGUAUACCAUAGUUAUCCAGAGAAGAUCUCAAGUGCACCGAUACCAUCCAUCCAAUGUUCUGUGUCUGAAUCAAGUAGUGUUUAUCAGUCCCUUCUCUCGGAGGGCUCAAGCUCUAUUCUGGUUCAGUCGGACACACCAGCAACAGCCUUUUCUGGUUCUGUAGAUGGGAUAAUUAAUGCUCCCCAGAUAAUUCAGGGCUGUAUUGUGACAAAUCCCGAAGGCAGCAACUCUGAGAUCACCCAAUACCUGAUCCUUCAGGAGCAAGAUAAUACCUCCUCCGUAACGGUGACUUCUGUGCCUGUUGGUGAACACUACCAAGCCCAUGGCUCUUCCUGUGCUACUGAAAGUAUGGCUGAUGCGGAAAGUUUAGAGGAAAUGGUGGAAGUGGUCUUUGUGCAGCAAUACAAGUGCAAGAUGUGCAAAUACAAGAGCACAUCCAAAGCCACCUUGCUUCGUCAUGUGAAAGAGCGCCAUGUUCAAGCAGCUUCCAGAGAAGAAAAUAGAAGCCAUGAAGGGAAAGUCGUGAGGCCAAGAGAGGAGGAAGAGGAGGAAGAAGAUGAUGAUAUUGUGGAUGCUGGUGCAAUUGAUGACCCAAAUGAUGACAGUGAUUAUAGCCCAGGAGAAGAUACACCAAACCAUAAUGUAGAAUCAGCUCAUGGGAUACUCAUUAAAGAAAGACCACGUAGGAAGCCAGGUCGCCCACGCAAGAUUCCUCGCAUUGAUGGUCCUAAACUAGACAGUGCUCCCAUCCCACUGUCCAGCAAUGAAAGCCAGAUAGAUCAGGGUGUUACAAACUCUGACCUUGAGAACAAGGACCCCGCUUCCUUGCCAAUGCCCGAGGAGCAGAGUCCACCCAAAAGAAUGCGAGGCCGCCCUCCUAAACAUCUUCGUGGGAAAAAGUAUCGUAGAUUCAGAGGUAGUCGGUUUUACAGGCCUCCUAGUAAACGUCUUCUAAGGCCCUUCAUCUGCAGAAUCUGCGGUUCCAGCUUCCUCACACAUGAUGAUUUUACUUUUCACGUGAUGUCACAUGUUGGUAACGAUCCACAAGCAUUCCGGUGUCAGCAGUGCAAUUAUCAGUGCCGGCGCUGGUCCUCACUUAAGGAGCACAUGUAUAAUCACAAGGGAAGCAAACCAUUCAAAUGUGAAGAGUGUGAGUACACAAGUGUUUACAAAAAGGAUGUGGUCAGACACUCAGCUGUGCAUAGAGAUGACCGAAAGAAGAAAUCUGAGAAGACUUCAAUACCAGCUUCCUACCCAUGCCCCGUGUGUGGCCGUAUAUACACCAUGCAAAAGAGGUUAACGCAACACAUGAAGAUACACAGUGCUGAGAAACCUCACAUGUGUGAUAAGUGUGGCAAAGCCUUCAAAAAGCGAUAUACCUUUAAGAUGCACCUUUUGACUCACCUGCAGUGUGUGGGGAAGAGCAGGUACAAGUGUGAGUUCUGUGAAUAUAUUUGUGGGGAUCGUAAGCAACUCCUAAAUCACCAGCUAACACACAUGAACGACAAGCCUUUCAAGUGUAGUCAGUGUAAAUACCACACCUACCGGCAGGACUUUCUGCUGUCCCACAUGGCCACCAAACAUGCAGGUGGGAAGCCCUUUGCAUGUGACCAUUGCCACUUUACUACCAAACACAAGAAGAAUCUUCGGCUCCAUGUGCAAAGCCGACAUCCACUCCUGUAUAGUGAGUGGACUCAGCGGCACCCUGAGGAAAUUCCCAGUCGUCGGAGACCUUUUUUUUCUAUGCAGGAAAUUGAGGAGCUCAAGCAGCAACAUGAACAGUCAGGGAACCAAGCCUCCUCGCCACAGGAAAUAGUGAUGGAUGCAGCGGGGCUCAGUUAUCAAAUACUUCAGCCUACAACACAGCCGCCAGCGGAGGAGCAAUCACAGAGCGGGCUUGGAGCUGCUACCAUCAUAUAUGAGCAAGGAGAGGAAGGGGAAGAAUAUGCAACUCGGGCUGCCCUUGAUCUCCUCUUGAAUAUGAGCACUCGAAGGGAAGGCACAGGAGGCCCUCUGCAAGUGGCAGUAGUAAAAUCCGGAUCCAGUGGGGAGGUUCCGAACUCGCAGAGCAUUGCUCAUGAACCCCACAUGGCUCAGGUCCUAACUCUACGUGUGGAAGGAAAUGAAGUAACGAGUGUGCAAGAGGCCGACUAUGAGGAUGCAGACGUUCAAGAGGUUGGAUAUGAAGGGCCUGUACAGCAGAUCACUAUCGACAAUGCCUUCACGACUGCCGAAUACAGCUUAAUAAACUCAGAAAAUAUUCAGACUUCACUGUGCAGUGACACAACUGCUUCUCUGGGAUCAACACUGUUAGGAGAAAACUUAAAGGGCAAACUCCUGCACAAACCCCAGCAAGCUGAGCACGCUUCAGAUCAUUCUCCUGCUGCCCCUGCAGCCAAGAAGUUUUGCUGUAAGCUUUGUGGUACUACCUUUUUGGGUCGAUCUGAGAUGGAGAUUCACAAGAGAGCACAUGUGCCUAGCGGUGGGUUUAAAUGCCCGGACUGCAUUUUUACUGCUGCAAACUGGCCGGAAGUGAGGAAUCACAUGUCUGUGCAUAGCGAUCGACGACCUCACCGCUGUGACCAGUGCAGUUUUGCCUGCAAAAAUAAGAGAGAUCUGCGUAGGCAUUCAAUGAUCCAUACCAACCAAAGGCCACACUCGUGCCACGUAUGUGGGCAGAGGUUUACUAGGAAAGCUCACUUAAAGUUCCACAUCCAGAGGCUGCAUCAAGGAAAGAACAAUGAGCAGCAAGAGAAUGAAGAUCUAACACCUGCACCAUCAUUAGAAGGGGAGCAUAUAUUCCUGACUCAAGAGGAAGCCAUGGCCGGACAGGAAGAUACAGCUUAUAUUCAAGAGAUCACAACUGCGGAUGGACAGACCUUGCAACAACUGGUCACAGCAGAUAACCAGGUACAGUACAUCAUCUCUCAGGAAGAUAUCCCUCACCUAAUUCCUCAAGAAUAUGUUGUGCUACCAGAUGGACAUCAUAUUCAGGUCCAGGAUGGUCAGAUAACACACAUUCAGUAUGAAUCAGGCACUCCGUUCCUGCAAGACCCCCAGAUCCACUUUGUCCCCAUGUCCCCUUCUCAGCAGCUCAUUACGCAAGAACAGCUCCAAGCUGCAGCGCACUCUGCUGUCACAGCCGUGGCAGAUGCAGCGAUGGCCCAGACGGUGUUUAGCACAGAAACGGAGCAGCCUCUUCCGCAUGAGAUUGAAUAUGAUAUUAUCACACUAGGGGAGUGAGUACAUCUCAGCUGGAGCUGACCUUCGCCUGUGCUGGGAUCGAAUCCCUACCAGCGCUGCCUUUCAAUGCACUUUGUUUUAUUCUGUAUAAAAUGUACCUAACCUUCUGCCGCCUAAUAGCCGCUGGAUUAUUUAGCUGUUAGGAGGGCAGAAGAUAAUAUAUAUUUUGCUACUGUUUACCUCAUCCAUUAUGUGACGCAUGCGUAAAUGUGGUUGUUUUAUGAAUCGGAGCGGUUCCUGCCAACAGCCACUCUUGGAUUUUUUUCAAAUGUACAAAAAAAAAAUAUUUCAGUUAUUAAAAAGUGAAAGUGGAGGAAA